AUCCAAUAAUAAUCCAUCUAUCUUGAGCUCCUGUAGGUAGAAAGAAACGAUGUCGGGAGUGUGGGUGUUCGAGGACGGGAUCGUGCGGCGUGCGGACAGCGAGCCGCCCAGCGGCGCCGGCGCCGGCGGGUCGCGGCCGAACAAGGUGCUGGUGCACGUGCCGAGCGGGGAGGUGGUGACGUCGUACGAAGUGCUGGAGCGGCGGCUCCGCGAGCUCGGCUGGGAGCGCUACCUCUACGACCCCUGCCUGCUGCAGUUCCACCAGCGCUCCACCGUGCACCUCAUCACCGUACCCCGUGACUUCGCCCGCCUCAAGCUCGUCCACAUGUACGACGUCGUCGUCAAGACCCGGAACGUCUUCGAGGUUCGCGACGCCGCCGCAGCCUGAUGGUCUUCGUGGCGACGCAAGCUAGCUCUUUUCUGCGGGCUCGAUCGUCAGGCCAGUGCUGUGCUGGGAGAUCUGCCGGCCUGUCGCCGCCGUUUCAGCGUACGUACGUAUUGUAUGUUUGUGAUUGGUAUGAGUACAGACGUGCGCUUUGCAUGGCGCAGGCCGGGCUCGUGCGUGCGUGGCCACCUCUGCCGCCAAAUAAAUGCUACGCGAAAGCGCGCCGCCGCUGCCGUAUGUAUGCUUCUUAUGUCCGGACUUGCUUGGCGGCGUGUGUUUCUUUGACACGAAGGCUUGUACGUAUAUAGAUUGAUUUUAUUUGGCCAACCGUGGCCAAUUUUGGUA